GAGAAUCCUGGUAACAGGACUGUUAUUGUGUUUAAAUGGUGAAACCUGAAAACGGAUCUGAUCAGAGAUAAUUUUCCAUCACAAAAAAGUAAGACACCCACCUUAAGAGGUAUUGAGCAUAAAUAAGGCAGAUUUUUCGUAGCAUGGAGCCAUACAAGUUCUGCCAAAGCCCCUGCAGACAAAGAGACCUGAAUGAAGAGUGGAGGCAGACUCCUGCUCAGGUUUUGCCGCACAAAGAAACAAACAAUCAAGGAGCAACAUCUGCAUGGAUCAAUCGUUAUCAACAAUCUUUUGAGGGCUCCUUAUCUAAUCCUGCAGGAGUCGUGCAAAUUCAUGCCAGAGAAGGGAGCAGCUCUUGGAGCUGUGAACAGGAUCGGGAGGACGAAUACAAUUCACAGAGUCAGAGUGAGGUAGAAGAGGAGCUUGAAGCUCCUUUGCCGCUGAAAGCUGAUGAUGAGUGGCAUCACCAAAGUAAUUUUGCCCUUCCUCACAACUACAUGCGCAGCUACAACAUUCGUCCCUGGCAGAUGAAGUCGGAUGCUGGAUAUUAUUGCUCCACAGAACAAAGGCAGUACAACCUCAGCCCAGAGAACAAUUAUCCUCCUCAGGCAUAUCACCACGCAAUUGCCUCUUAUCAUAAUUGGAAUGACUCUGAAAACCGGCUCCAACUUCAUGACAGGCCACUGGCUGAUGUCUUGGUUAACGUGCCUCUGUUUGCCACUCCCCCUGAACAAAACGUGUCAGGGCUUACUGUCAUGAAGCUGAGCACAGAAGCUGCAGAAGAACCUCUUUCACACCGUGGAGAGAAAAGAAGAACCAUCAGUUUUCCUGAUGAGUGUCGAAAUGUUUUUAUAACUUACUCUUUGGACACAUCUUCAGAGGUGGCUGAGUUUGCAGACUUCCUCACAAAGCAUGGUUUUCAACCGGCUACUGACUUUGACAACCCAAAUGGAUGUGUGGAUAUCAAUAAGAGGAGAGACUCUUACUUAAAAGAUCCAUCAAUCCUGAUUAUCAUUGCCAUCAGUCCCAAGUAUAAGGAUGAUAUUGAAGGAUCUGUGGUUGACAGUCAUGGACUACAUACUAAAUAUAUUCACUCAAUGAUGCAGAAUGAAUUCAUCCAGCAAGGUAGCUUGAAUUUCCGAUUCAUACCGGUGCUCUUCCCCAGCGCAACCCAGAGGCACGUUCCAACUUGGCUUCAGAACACACAGAUAUACCGCUGGCCACAGGACACUGAAGAUUUAUUGCUGCGGCUGCAAAGGAAGGAGAAAUAUAUCCCUCCUCCAGUCCCGGAGGAUCUCACCCUGAUCAUCAGGCCUAUGACGAUCAGCGCUGCAUCCAUUCUGUGAAGAGACACCAACAAACAUCCAUAAUGGAACCAUUAUCUGUUUAUUUUGACUCCAGCUGAAAAUCCCCAAGGUAUAAUCCCUCAAUUGUCUUUACUUUGCUAUGUGGACAUUUUCAUUUCUUACAUACACUUGUCAACACACUGCCUAUGUUUAAGAUGGGAACGGUGGCAGUAAAACCCUGUUUAAAGCUCAUACACUGCAAAAGAGUCACAUGAUGGUGCUUCAGUAAUGUAAUUUUUGGACAUCUCUUUGUUUUUUGAGUAACACACUGAAUAAAAGGCGAUUUCCCA